AUGUAUUGUGUCAACAAUAAUGGUCAUUUUUCAGCUGUCGACGAUCCGUGCACCGCACCACCACGUAACCCGGGAACCGGCGAAUUCCACGCCACCAGAUGGGCUUUCGAUGGAUCAUCCCGUAAAUGUGUGCCAUUCGAGUACCGAGGAAUGAAAGGAAACUCGAAUAACUUCCUUACCCGCGAGAAUUGCGAGAAACGGUGUCCAGUAUUCCAAAAUCCGUGCAAGAUCGGAGAGCCACAUGCCGUGAAUAACCAGUACCUCCAGUGCUCGCCACAACAAGUGUGUCCAGGCGGACACUACUGUCACAUUGGAUCGGAAGCCAACUAUUGUUGCAAGGCUCUUGGAGGCGACCCAUGCGGCCAACCAUUGGAUCGUGGAGUCGGAGGAUCUCAGUUGUCAAGAUGGUACUGGAAUCAACAGUCUCAGUGUUGUCUGCCAUUCAGCUAUUGUGGACAGAAGGGAACACAGAAUAACUUCUUGACCAAACAGGAUUGUGAUAGAACUUGUUAUGAACUCGAUAACCCAUGUGCUCUCGGCGACCCACAAAUGUCUCAAACGAACCGCCCACUCCAGUGCACUUCCUCCUCGAACACGUGCGGCUCCCAAUUCUGGUGUCACUUCGGAGCCAACGCCGACACCACCGUAUGCUGUCCAGGACGAGUCGAAUCCCCCCAAAUCUGUCAGCAGCCAAUGGUCGCUGGAAGCGGUGGCGCCUCGCUGCCACGUUGGUAUUACAACGCCUCCACAAUGCAGUGUGUGCAAUUCAACUAUCAAGGACGAAUGGGAAAUCAGAAUAACUUUUUGAGCCAGCAAGCUUGUGAGCAGACGUGUCCAGUAUACGUAAACGUGUGUCCCACCGGUUCGCCAACCCUCGACCCAUCCACCAACAAGCCCGUCCCAUGCACAUUCGGCUCCAACUCGUGCGGUGCCGACCAUUGGUGUCAUCUCGGUUUGGUACCCGACGAAUACCAAUGCUGCCCAGGAUCCCCUACAAAUCCAGGUGCCUGUCAGGGUCUUCCAUCGUCAGAUGGUGUAGUUGGCGCGCCUGCCCCGCCCACUUCCAGAUGGUACUAUGAUCAGACGGAUAUGCAGUGCAAGCAGUUCACCUAUAAUGGAAGACGAGGAAAUCAGAACAACUUUUUGACUCAAGAAGAUUGUGCAGCCACUUGUGACGUCUUCACGAACCCUUGCAACCAACCCAUCGCUCUUCCCGCCACCAUGUGCUCCGGCACCGGAACCUCCGACACUUGUGGAGCCAACAUGUGGUGCCACAUCGGCGCCUCACAGGAGUCUACAGUAUGCUGCCCAUCUGAAGGCGACCCAUGCUCCCUCCCACUGGCUCGUGGUACCGGCAACCAGUUCAUGGACCGAUUCUUCUACAACCAGCAAACCGGCUCGUGCCAGCAGUUCACUUAUUCCGGACUUCACGGAAACCAAAACAACUUCCUUACCCAGCAAUCUUGUGAGGAGCAGUGCGGACCGAAUCCAUGCUUCGAAGGCCGCCCGUUUGUUGGAGCCGAUGGAAGAACUCAGACGUGCUCGGCAUCCGCCAACUUCAACACUUGUCCACUCAACCAUUGGUGUCAUAUUGGAACCGACUUGUCUACUACCGUAUGCUGUCCAGGAGCCUCUACAAAUGUGUGCAACCUUCCAAUGUCGACAGGAGAAGGAAAUGCCAAUCUUGAUAGAUUCUACUACGACCAACAGUCCAAGACCUGCAGACCGUUUGUCUAUAACGGAUUGAAGGGUAACCAGAACAACUUUAUUUCCUUGAGAGCCUGCCAACUGUCCUGCCAGCCACUUGACAACCCUUGCAUCGGUCAGCCAGCUACCACCGCUGCCGGACAAGUUUUGUUCUGUUCCAUCACUAACAAGGACUCGUGCCCAGUCAAUUUCUGGUGCCACAUCGGAGCCACACCGGAAACUACAGUAUGCUGCCCGGGAGCCACUAACCCAUGCUCUGUGCCAUUGGCGCCAGGAACCGGAAACAGUGGAUUGUCCAGAUUUUACUAUAAUCCGGAUGAUAGAACAUGCCUUUCCUUCCAAUACAACGGAAAACGCGGUAACCAGAACAACUUCGAGAGUCAAGCAGAGUGCGAGAGGACGUGUCCAGUGUUUAUCAAUCCGUGCCUUGGAGAAGUGAUUUAUGAUAACGGAGCACCCAAGAAGUGCCGAGCAAUGCUCAAAAACUCAUGUGGCUCUCCCAAUGAGUUCUGCCACACCGGCGACCCGUCGGACCCGGAUUCCAGUUACUGCUGUCCCAGGAUUAAUCAAGACCCGUGCGACGCAUUUGUACGUAACGGAGAAGGAAAUUUGAACAUGACUCGCUACUACUACAACCCUGUCGAAGGAGACUGCUUCCCAUUCCAGUACAAAGGAUUCAAGGGCAAUGAGAACAACUUUUUGACACUGAAGACUUGUCAGGAGACUUGUAAACCUUUAGCCACUGCUUGUUUUGGCGGAGAGUCUCCUCUUAUGAACAAUGGAAGAGUCGUCCAAUGCCAUAACUUUGUGUGCCCCUCAACUCAUUACUGCCACCGUGGCGCUGACGUCAGAUCUACAGUAUGCUGCGCCCGUCGUGGGCACUCUUGUGAUCAACAGCUUAUGCUAGGUGUCGGCAACUCUGCCAUCGAUAGAUACUACUAUGACACCACUGACGACGCAUGCAUCGCGUUCAACUACACCGGCGUCGGCGGGAAUGAGAACAACUUUUUGACGAAGGCAGAGUGCCAGAUUGCGUGUCCGGGGUACCGAGGAUACUGUCCGCAUGGCAAGCCAGAUGUGACGAAUCAUGCGUUGACAACGUGUGGGAUAGAUACAGGAUGUCCGAGGGAUCACGUGUGUCAUGUUAGCAAAAGGGGAUCGAAGACUGUGUGUUGUCCGGAUCCAGCCUCCUUCUGCCUCAUCCGCGCCAAUCCAGGCCCGUGCAACCGUGAGAUCCCACGAUGGGCCUAUGAUAAAGCUACUGGAACCUGCAAGAAGUUUAUGUUUGGCGGUUGUCAGGGCAACUUGAACAACUUCGACACGGUGGAAAAGUGCACCGAGAUUUGUUGCGAUAAGGGAUACAACUAG